GAAUCUCGUGUCUACGUCAGUAAGACGUAGAUGCGUUGCGCUCUCGAUAUCACAUUGUGCUGUUCGACAACGCGUACGUCCGCGUGUUUCCCAAGCAACGUCGUCGUCGCGAUCCUCGCGACAGGGCCAUUAGGGUUUCACGUGACAUCGAGUACUCGUGCCUGUGACGGCAUCUCGAUCUCGACCGGGUCACCGGGUCCUACGGAGCGGGCCAUCCACGGAGCGGAGCUCGCGAUCAAGUAGCGCGGUUUGGCGCGUACAUUCACCGUAGGGCGAAGGUCGCAGAGCAGCCGCGAGCGAGGGUCUCGGAAGGAGUCGCGGGAUGAGUGUCGAGGACGCCAUCAAUUACUCGCCCAGCGAGGAGGAGGACUAUUACGCGCUGUUGUCCUGCGAUGAAUCUUCCACGGUCGAGCAGAUCACGGCGGAAUAUAAAGUGCUGGCGCUUCAAUACCAUCCGGACAAGAAUGAAGGCGACAAAGAGGCCGAGAAGAAGUUCCAGCUGUUGAAGUACGCGAAGGAGGUUCUCUGCGACCCCGAGAAGAGGAGUAACUACGACAAGUGGCGGAACAGCGGCAUCAAGAUCAGCUAUAAGCAAUGGCUCGGCAUGAAGGAGCAUGUGCAGCAGACCAUGCACUGGAGCACGCCGAAGACGAAGGAUCGGAUGCUGCCGGACACGAGCGGAGAAGCGGGCGGCUCGCCCGCUCACCUCAGGGGCCACCCCACAAACGUACACAGGAGGGCCUCAGAGGGUGGGGCCACGAAUCUCUAUUACCGUUCGGGCCACGGGGUUCCGUUCAAUUGUCAGGAGCCCAGUGAGGUCGUCAGUAAGUUCCGCAAUUAUGAGAUCUAAGGAGCAACAGAGAAAAAGAAAAAGAGAGAGAGAGAAAGAGAAAUAGAGAGAGAAAGAGAGAGAGAGAGAAAGAGGGAGAAAGAGAGACAAGGACCGACUCCACUAUACCGGACGUCUUUAUGGAAGCAGGAGUACGUAUUAGGCAAAUAUCUACCUGUAUACAAGCGUCGUACGGGGCGUUGGUCAGAUCGCGUCAGCAUACCUACGCCGGGCGAGCUUCUUCGUCGUUUUCCCGUUCCACCCAGUUCGUACGCGCGAUCUCGCAAUCGGGGGAGGCCCGUCUGUCAUUUCCGCGCUGUCGACGAACACUUUUCGCAAUGAUGACAGAGUGAACUGUCGCAAAUAUAUAUUUCUCAAAGGGAUCCCUCCCGCGGACGGCGCGACAGGUCGGACGAUCUUUCAGCCUGGAUGUUGCGUCUCUCGCUGGCUCUCGUUUCCCUUUCGUCGCUCAGAGAAUCGAUCAUGUGUCUCUUCUUCCAGCGCGACAAGUGAAAGGAACUUGCGAAGGGUGAGAAGUUUCAUUGACGAAUUCAUCGGCGAAUUCAAUGAAGCUUUUCAUUUCUCCCGAGCUAUGAAGGAUAAGGAUGCAUGAUCGAUGCUCAGGAUGCAUGCCGACUCGAUCCAACGAACAGCCCUGUGCGUCAUGGUACGUGCGCGUGAUCGCGAGUAUCGCGUAUGUGUCGCCUUCAGAUUUAUAUUUUGUUAUACUACACUAAGCACGGCGGGAAAGAGAGAGAGAUAGAAAAAGAGAAGGGAAAGGCAGGGAGGGGAACAGGUUGAAUUGGUAUUAUUUAGCUCUCUUCUCCCAAAAUCUCUCGAGUAACGUGUCCGACAUCGUCCGGUCGCGAUUACCGCGCGCGACUCGAGUCCCGAUCGCGCGCAUUCUAUGUGUGUCUCUCAAUCUUACGAGGUGUUUAGCGACAGAAGUUUAAAUGACGUGUGUAGUGCCGGGAGCUGUAUAGUUUAUCUGUGAUUCCGCGGAUGAGAAUUUUCCACUAUAGAGAUUAACUGGUCGUUCCAACCGUUAAACACUCGAGAAGGCGACACUUGAGCGGCCGGUGGUGUCCUUCUUCCUCUGCGGAUCCCCUUUUUGCGCGCGUUGUCCCGCCGCAAGGACGAACGUUUGUUUCUCGUUACGGCUUAACGAUAAAACUCGCGUUUCAAGUUGCGCGUCGCUUUCCGCGGCUGCGACUGUGACGGUUCGAUUGUCGUGACGGCUUGAUUGAACGUGGUCGCGAUGUUUUCCCGGCUAAAAAUACGGCUUGAGAUAUCGCGCGCACACGGCGAAACGUUGCCGUCGCCACGAUGGAUGGUUAAUUGUGUCGUGAUCCCGGACGUCGCCGAGCGCUGUCGAAUUCGCGGCGUCCGCGAAAUUCAAGUGAGACGCGCGCGUACUUAAAGGGAGGAAUUGAAACUGAGCGCUCAAGUGUUCCCUUCUGCGACAGAACAGAUCGACGACGGCGCACUUGUACCUGUGUCCUAUGUCAAACGCAAAACUCAUCGUUCUCUCCCGACGACGAAUUAACGGCCGCCACUUGCCCCGGGUCUCGUUUGUGCGAGCGAGCUCGCGAAAUUCGGCCCCAAGUCGCGAGAAACCGGGAAUCGGGCGACCGACCUUCGCGCCGACCGUCUCCAUUACCUCCGAGAGAAUAGGGAAAAUAGAUAAACUGAUGGAGGAUUUAUGAGGAGGAUUCGGUCGCGGCAUGAAAAUCCGUCACUUCACCGGGGCUCGCGUCGAUUUGACACGUUGGUCGCCACGCUGAUUGCACGCGCGAGCCCCGUCAGGCCCAAAUCCUCGGUGUGUUACGUCAAUCUUGCUGUUUCCACGAGUGGAAGCAGUAAAAUCAAUAAACUACAACGGUAAGCACCAACAGACAGUAACAUUACGUUAUAAUUUCCCACUCAGCGAUGCAACUGUCAUAUACAACGUAUGUUGUGUUGCACUCACAUUAUUGACUGGGGAAUUAUAACAUUGAUGUAAUAUAGUGUUCGCUGGGUAUUUAUAUUCUUAUAAAUGUUCACGUACGGGUAUCAUUUUCUAGUAAAAAUUAUUGCAGAACUUUGCGAUUAAGCAAAUCGACAUUGUGCAGGAAUUGAUUAUUUCCUAUGUGCUAUUUACAUAUUUUAAGAACUGAAAUAAUUGAAAUUUAUAUAGAUUGAUAUUCCGCAAUUAUCGAUUGCCCUUUCAUUUCAUACGUGCCGUUUAUAUUUUGGGAACUUAGAUGUGCUGCAGAAAAAAAUUUGCUGUUUUCUAGCAAGAUUUACUAUGUUCUUCAGCAAAAUAGAAUUUAUACUGAUAGUCAUUCUCCUGCGCUAUUACAAACAUAGUGAAAUUGAAAAGAAUUUAUCUGAGAAAAAACUAUAAUGUUCUGUCUAUGCGGGGAAAUCAUUCCUAAUCCGUAAACGAAAUCUUCAUCCACAAAUGGAUGAUGUUGCCUCCGCGAAAACUGACGCGCUACAUGCCCAGACAUGAAUGACGUGGCAGUUAACGUGUCAAAUCUCUGGCGAGCGAGCGAGCGAUUCGGCAGAUUCCCGGUCGAUCCUCGCGAGCAAAAAUUGCACGAGCGUCGUGUUUACCGUCGAUUUGACCACCUGGUUGCAUCCCCGACGCUCCCCCGAUCGCGGCGGCAGUCGAGCGUUACUCGUCGGUGAAUUGCGUUUGGCAUAUAUAAUUGAAAAUGCCUACUUAUUAACCGGUAAUUAACUAAUAACACUUAGCGUCAGUUAACCCUGAAUGUGUCGAUGUGUAUAUAAUCUUACGAUAAUGCGAUAAAACGGUAAGCGUGCUCCUGUAUUAUCGGGCGGCAGCUCGUCUCUCUGCAGCGUCGCCCGAUUAAGCAUUCUCCUGAAUCAUAUCGAUCUUCUUAUCUCCUCCCGUACCCCCUUCCCCCGCGAGAGAAGUGUGUGAUUAUCCUUUCGGGCACAGAAUGCCCGAAACAUAUUCUCUAAAUAUCUCGGAGUGGAAUCUCACUCAAAACGAGGGAAAAGUGACAGUAUUUUCACUCGACACGAUAUUGAAAGUAUCUGCCACUCGAAAUCGCAAGAGCGAACGUUAUGACUGUAUCAAUAGGCUUGAAAUUCCUCUCAACUGAGGCACUCAGAUUUGACUUGAGUUAUUCAGUUGAAUCGUGAUUGCAGAUGCAGUGUCACACGUAUUCAUAAUUCAACUGAAAUCUUUGGAUCCAGUUCUGAAUAAAAUUCUGAGCACUUCACAUGAGAUGAGUUUCAAGUGACAACUAUUAGUACAAGCCUUAGAAACUUGGGCCAAUAGUUGUUACUUGAGAUUGUUCUCAGAUCUGAAUACGAAGUUUGAUUUGAGUUUUCCAGUUAAAUUAUGUGAUAUAUGCGACAUUACACUUGUGACUACGAUUUGACUGCAAAACUCUAAAUUCAAAGCUGAAUACCUUAUUUAAGACGAGUUUCAAGUAAUGAUUAUUAAUACGAGACUUGGAAGGUUAGAUUUGUAUUAAUAAUCGUUACUUGAAACUUUAGCUGAGACACUCAUUUUAAUUUAGAGUUAGACAUGAGUUUUUCAAUUAAAUCACGAUUGCAAAUGUAUGAAAAACUUACUUAAUUCUAAAUUCAGAUCUGAAUAUUUCACGUGGGACAAUGAUUAUUAAUAAGGGGCCCUAAGUGGAUUCUGGUUCCAUGUAAACGAAUGUCUCAAUCGAAUAUAUAAAAUGAAUAUGUUCCUGCGACGAUGGAGAGUCAGCCUUAAUCUUCAGUUUUGAAAGCAUUCACUCGACGAUUAGUAGUGAAUAAUUCAUUCUGUACGAGUGAAUCGAGUGUGAGUCACUCUACUUUGUGAGUGAAAUUUCACUCUGAAAAAUUUGGAGAGUAACACGUCACAGCUUCGUCGCGUUUUCCCCGUUUCGUUUCCGUGUUCUGACGUGUGCUAUGACGACGACGAUGACGAUCCAACCGAGACACGCCUUACCUGUGCACGAGAUAGGAAGACAGAAAAACGUAAGCGAAGUAUAUUAAUUGAGGCCGUUGGGUAAAUCGGAGGCCUACAUCGCGCCCACGCGGGCUGGUGAACGGCUGGUAAAUGCCAGUGAAGAUAGAAUGAGGAUAGAAAUCGAUAUCACCGAUAACGCGUCUAAAGAUAAUUUCCCAUCACUUUAAUUUUAGGUCACGCGAUCGAUUAUUUUCUUUUUGCCGAAGAAUACGGCAAGGCCGUCGUUUCUUCUGCGGGCCACGAAUGAGAACGGAAUAAGGGAACAAAUAUUUUUCAUUGAUAAGCGAUCAUGAUAUAUCAAGUAUGAUUGUGGUCCAACACUUUUCUCAGGGGCCUCAAUUUUGGUUCGCUUAGUCCCGCGUGUUAAUAUACGCGUUUUUUUGGCAAUGAGCGCGUCUCAUCGGGGGAUCUGACUGCGAUUAUUUCGCGUUCAACGUCGCGGACGCACGGACACGGAAGUCGUUGGGGAAGCAGGUCAAGUGGCAACGAGUCGUUACUUGCUUACCUUGUCGCGAUAUCGGACUCGUGGGCUCUAUCGAUCGCGCGCCUUCGGGGAGACUCCUCGAAUCGGCAGAUUGCGAGGCGCAGAGGUAGCAGGCUAAAUAAAUAAGGACACUCAUCAUUCAAAGACUCGUCCUUACAAGUCGCAAAAUGCAAGACGCAAUUCGCGGAUGCAAGAUGACGUAUCACAAGUAUCAUGUAAUUCAACUGAAACCUUUGGAUCCAACUCUGAAUGAAAUUCUGAGAGACAAGUUUCAGGUGAUAACUGUCAAUACAAACCCUAAGGAACAUAGAUUGGACGAAUGUCACGUGUAAUCCUCUUGCGUUCAAGCUUGCAAAUUGCGUUCCGCAUUUCGCGGUACAUGCAGAAAAGCCUCAAAUGCGGGGAGGCCAAAGGCUCGACAAACACGACAUUGUCGUGUUUAUCGCCUUUAUCGUUCUUUCACUUUUUCUUAGACCCUUUGUCGAGGGAAGUGCAAUUAUAGCUCGUUGCUCGACUUGCCUCCCCAUAUCGGCCCCGUGCAAGCCCGAUAUUAGUGCGCGGUCAAUCGAAUUAGUCGAACAUGUAAGCGUUCGCUCGCGCUUCGUGGGAUUCGCCGCGCGAUCGAUUCCUCUCUGGAAUUGUGACGGACGCGUAGUUAAAUUGAACGGUGCUUCUUCGCGCGACAGAAGAAAGAAAUACGCGCGAAAUAACUUUCUCUUUACCUCAACUUGAUGUUCGUUAAAGAGCGACGUGUAUCACGAAUGUACGCGCAAAGUACACGAAGUUAAACUUUAAAUUAGCGGUUUGUCUCGGUACCUUUUGUGUAUUCAUUAAACGUGAUGUCGUCGUGGGCAUCCGGGCGUCCGCACUAAAUCCAGAUUAAGAAUCGGACGAGCGCGGUGCAGGAAGUUUUAAUCCGCGUGGCCGCGAAUGCCUCACGAAGUUUAGAAUAGCAAAGCGUCAGCGGGCAGCGGUGUUUGCGAAAUUCCUGUGCGAUGCGGCUCACCAACUUCCUCGAGCCCCGAAGAAGGCAGCAACUAGGUCGAUAAGUUGUUAAAGUUGAACGAGGAAUUUGGGGAAAUCGCGAGUUGAUGGUACACUUCGCCACCGGUGUUGGCGACAUAUGAUGAAUAUCGAUAUUUAUUAUAAAACACACAGUAGCGUCUUAUAUACUUGAAUAUAUCUCGCACAAAAACGUGCACAUGAGAGAUGAAAUGAUAUCCAAAGAAACUCGAUUCGAUCGUUGCCGCUUCAUCGAUCGAGCGGAAAUCGGAAGUGAAUUGAAUCGGCGACAUGUUGGCCGCGCAAAUGGGAACGAUUCGUUGAUUUUGUCGAUUGUUUUCGCAAGGAGGACUCUCCGCGCGACAAAGAGGAGGAGAAAGUCGCGCAGGAACUUCCACGUGCUCUUCGAGAAGAAAAACUGCACUCAGGAAAAUAUAAUCUCAUCCUCAGCGGAAUCCUCUUAUAUCUGGCAUCUGAAAAUUGUUGACAUACUCUCGUGUGCAGACAGAACUCAUCAAACUGAACAUAAAUAUUUUAGGCACAGUUCUUCUUCACUAGAAGAGAAGUACUAUUUCGGCAAGUUUUGCAACUUGUUUUUUGGGUGCUGGAAUAUUCUCUUUUCGGUUUUAGAAGAAUUUUCUCGAGGCUGUACAUAAGAGGAUUCCGCGUAAGGAUGAAAUUGUAUUGCCUGGGAUGUGUGAUCGCGUUUCGCGACGCGUUCACGCGGACGAGAUUCAGGGUUGUGCGGCCAACCGUGCUCGGAACCUGCUGUGGAAAGUCUACUGGACCACCCUGUAUAUGUGUGCUCUACACUUAUAUUUUUCUAGACGGGCCCGUGGUUUCGGCCUGCGGAACGUUGUUUACAUGCCCCACGUACCUAUCUGUCGUUCACGAUUGACCUAUCUUAAGCUCCUGAGACAAAGGUCGGAGGAGUCUGUUGAAGCGCCUAUCAGUACGAUGCUCACGCGUAUUCGAUCGUAGACCUCGCCUCGCAUCCCUCUUACGUUUACCACAUGUGCGUCUACGUUUACUACAUGUGCGACGUCACAAUCGGAUCACGGCCGAGGAAUUUGCACCUUCCCUUGGUAAAAGGAAAAUCCGAUCCUCCUCGACUCCCUGAGGGGAAUUCCAUGGCCGCUCGGCGCGAUCCGAGUUCCAAAACAAAUCCCAUAUUCUCGAUUCGAGCUUCCUUUAAUGGAGAUCGAAUUGGCCAAUGGGUUUUCGAUACUCAACGUUAUAGUAUACGUUUUCUCAAGACGCGCGCUCGAAUCUGAAUUUCGGAGUUGAGAUUCAGUCGUAUGUCGGUGUGACACGGUUUUCUCCAACGUUUUUCUCGUUUUUUACAUCGACCAAUGUUUGUAGAUUGUCAAUGGUGCUCUCUCGUUAUGGGACUCUUUUAAAUUGAGCGUCGUGUGACGCUAGUCUCGUUAUCCGAUGUUUGUGCGAGGAUCAAUGUUUGUCUUCCGUUGACGCUUGGAAUAAUUACCCACAAAGUCGUUUGACGUAAAUUGUAGCCACGCGUUAGUAAAAACAGCGGACUUUAUUGUCGGUGAUGGAUGGACAGGUUGCCGCUCUACGCGUGGACUUUCGAUUACAGUUGCCAAAUUUCCAAGACUACUCGUUCUAGAUUAAUUGCUCGUCAAUCAACGUUUCGCGCAAUUUGUCAGAAUAGUGUUGCGUAUUUUGCAUCCUUUACAAACCGCAUCUCAUUAUUAUUUGAAGUUUUAUAUAGAAGCUUUUACGAAGAACACAAUGUUGAAAAAAAAGAAAGAAAUUUUCGUUUUUCUCGAGAAAUAUGUGUGUGAGAAAGAGAGUGUGUGUGUGUGUGUGUGUGUGUGAGAGAGAGAGAGAGAGAGAGAGAGAGAGAGAGAGAGAGAGAGAGAGGGAGGGAGCACUUGGUAAUAUCAAUAUUAUUACAUAAGUCACUCGUUUGGUAUGACUUGAACGGAAAAGAAAAAGAGAAACAUCACGUUAGACGUACUGAAUGGCAAUUUUACUCACCUAUCGAUUGUGUCAUAUGACGUAAGAUAAGCGCAAGAAUGAUCAACUACCGUGAAAUUCUGAGUUUCCCGAAUAUGAUUAUUAAAAAAAGGAAAAGGAAAUUCAGGUUUCUCGAGGAAUGCGAGAGAGAGAGUACUCGGUGAUAUGUCAAUAUUAUUAUGCAAGUCAUUCAUUUGGUAUCACUUAAAGAAAAAAGAGAAACAUCACGUUGGGCGUGCUGGAGGAUAAUUUUACACACUUGUCGGUUGGUGAUUGCGUCACAUGACGUAAUAAGUACAAGAAUGAUUAACCGCCGUAAAAUCUUGAGUUUUCCGAAUAUGAUCGUUGCCCCGUGUUACACAAAUAAAUGAGAUAGUUAUACGAAAUAAGUGCACGAAAUCUCUCCUCAACUCACGUUUUGCGCAACUUACUGAUCGGUAGCGAACAACAUUUCUUCCGAUCGUUUUCACAAGUCGCGCGAGAUGUGCGUGCGCGUACGUGUGUGCACAGCAGUAUGUUGAAAUAUAGGUGUGUGUGUGUGUGUGUGCGUGUGUGUGCGUGCGUAUGUAUCUACAUAUUUAGAUACAUAAGAAAAUACAUACAUAUGUUGUAUAUUCGUCUCGCGCUGGUCGACGCGGCGAUGUGUUACUCGUACCAAUAAAAGAUUCAAUAAAUGUGUUUAAUUAUGAAA